UUGGCUUCUCGUGUCAUGCUGAGUUUGUGGGACGUUUUAAAAAUAUUGACAGGCAGGAAAGUUCUCAGAAGCAUCCUCGGUGCAAUAACAGAGAAUUGAGCGGAGCUUCUGUGGACCCUCAGGUUUGGACCUGCCAAGAUAAAGAUGGCUCUGACAAGUCUGGUUCUACUGAUGGUGGUGUUUCCAAAAUGGACUGAGCCUUACGUAGCCACAAACCAAGAUGCGGACAGAUACGAGCGUAGAGAUUAUCAAAGAGCCACAGAGCACUACAGAGAUGGCAGUGGUACUGAAUGCAAGCGAUGCUGUGAUCCUGGAGAGAACCCUCCUCAAUACCCACAAUACAAAGUUGUGCCACAUAUAAAUGUCACCAUCCUUAAAGGGGAGAAGGGAGAUGCCGGAGAGAGAGGAGCUUAUGGGAAAUCAGGCAAGACAGGGCAAACUGGACCUCGAGGGCCACAUGGCAUUAAGGGCACUAAGGGAAGUUUGGGGUCCCCCGGUGAACCCUGCAAGUCCUACUAUGCUGCGUUCUCCGUCGGCCGCAAGAAAGCCCUGCACAGCAACGAUUACUACCAGACCCUGAUCUUCGACACCGAGCUCGUCAACCUGUACGGCCAUUUCAACAUGUUCACGGGAAAGUUCUUCUGCUAUGUUCCAGGCAUCUAUUACUUCGCUUUGAACGCUCAUACCUGGAACCAGAAGGAGACGUACCUGCACAUCAUGAAGAAUGAACAGGAGAUGGCCAUCCUAUACGCUCAACCCAGCGAUCGCUCCAUCAUGCAGAGCCAGAGCAUCAUGCUGGAGCUGGAGAGAGAUGAUCAGGUGUGGGUUCGGCUUUUUAAGGGCGAGCGAGAGAACGCUGUGUUUAGUGAUGAUUUUGACACGUACAUCACGUUUAACGGUCACCUCAUCAAAGCCAAGUCCGAAGGCUGAUCAAGGUUAAAUGUAUGGGCGGUAAACCUACAACAUCGAUGGACAGCUAAGAUUUUUAUACAGUAGCAGUGUGUAUUAUAUAAAACAAUUUCUUGUUAUUUGUUUAGUAAUGAUUUUAUAGUAUUUUACACGGUAUCUGAUGAGAUACCUUGAUCUUCACAGACCACUUUCACCAGUGUAUAGAGUGGUGCUAUUUUAUGAAUAGGAACGGCAGGAAUUGUUGUACACUGUCAGAAAAAAAUGAUAAAAAAUCCUAGCUGUCACUGGGGCAAUACUCUUUCAAAAUGUUCACCUUUGUACCCAAGGAGCUCAUAUACCUCAGAGGUACAUAUGGGUGAUUCUCACGAAAACUUGGUUUUUUAAAAUGUCAAGCAUGAAAAUGUAAAAAUUGCUUAAAUUUACUUUUUUCCCCACCAGACAUUGAAAAACAAAGUCUGGAGUAAAUGGGAACAUUAAUUUAAAAACUUUUACUUAUCAUUUAACACUUUUUGUAACAUAAUUUAAAAAAUUAGUCCUAAAAAAUCUCAUUACCGCAACAGUCAGAAAACAUCAACACUGACAUAUUUUCAAAAUGACAUGACAAACCUGAAAGAACAUAAUUUGGAGAUUCUGCACAUGCAUUUAAAAUCAAAAUAUUAUGCUUCUAUUAAUUAAAUUAACAUUUAAUAAGCAUCUGUUGCGGUAAUGAUAAUCAAAAUGUCGUGUAAGCAUUCUGACAAGACAAUAUUUCAAAUUAACUGUAAAAAAAUGAUCUUACCUGGUAGCCAUCUUGAAGUAACUGGUCCAUGUGCUUGGUCACUCAAAAUCAAACUUUAUUAAAAUUCUGGAUGUGUGCUUAAACUGUUCUCAAAAAGUGUUGCGGAGGAUGAGAACAUCAGGCAUGGACACAUCAGUUUCCUAAUUUUUCUUCAUUAUUAUUAUACAUGAAUAUUCAGUAAAUAUUUUUUCUGUCAUCUAAAGUAGUCUAGCAAAACAUCCAUUUAUUUUUUUUCAUGUUAAUUUGAUUAAAUUACAACAUAAAGCAUGUUCAAACACAGCCGGACACAUUGCGGUAAUGACAAUUUCAGCAGAAAAUGAGAUAAAAUUUACAAUUAUAAAUUCUUAUGUUGAAAUCACACAUUGUGCAAGGUAGAACACAGUAUUGUGUUAAUUCUGAUGCUUUUUAAUGUUAUUAUUUUACACAUUUUAAAGCUAAAAUCAUUAGUGCCGUGGUGUUUCAAUGGUUUCGUGAGAAUCACCCAUAUUGGUACCAAAUAGUGCAUAUUAGAGCCUCAAAGGUAAGUUAAGUAUACAUAUCUGUACCUAAAUAGUAUAUAUUAGGAUCUUGGUAUAUAGGGAGAUUUUGACAGCUUGGAACCAUUUUUUUCUGACAGUGAUAAAUCCAAAGACAGCAGCAUAAUUUACUCUCAGAUAAAAAAGUUGUCACUAGGACGGUACGCUUUAAAAAGGUCCUAAUAUGUAAUAUUAUGGUAUAGAUAUAAACCAGUGUUUGUACCUCUAAGGUACCAAUGCGUACCUUGUUGCACUUUCAGGAACAAAACUUUUAAAAACGGUACGGCCCCAGUGAAAACUUUGUACCUUCUUGUACCUUUUUUCCUGAGAGUGUUUAUUCAAUUAAAUAUAUGUAGAAGUUUUUUUUAGAUGUUUGGCAUAAGAGUAAAAUAAAUAACACAAAACAUAGACACUACCUGGUCAAAGGAACAGUAUGUGUGCAUGUUUAUCUACUGUAGAUCUCCUUAUUCAAAGCUACUUAGCACACCAUGGCAUUUUCUAUAGAUUUUCAACAUUGCUAUAAAAGUCUAAGAAAGGGUUUGUUCAUGGGAGUAUUUUAAACAAGUAGGCUAUACUUUUAGCAGAGGCGGUCGGUGACUUCUUUUUUCGAGGGCGCUCGUUGCGAAGUUCGUCACAACAUGUAUGUAGCCCGUCAUGUGUGUUGUUUGUAUUUUCAAAAUAUGUGUUCUGCGCAUUGAGAGAUCCUGUGUGCAUCACGUGUCUUGUCAAAAUAAGUGCUUGCUGCAGAUGUGUCUAAAGGGUUUAUGAUAAAAGAGACGCUCGCGUUUGCCAGAUACUCGCAUAAUCUCAUGCGUGAUCAGAGUUUACUGUUAAGGGAGUGUCUUGCGUGUAUUUUGUGAAUGUGAGUGUCUCUUUGAUCAUAAACGGUUUUGACGCGUGUGCAGCAGGCACUUAUUUUGACAAAACACGUGAUGCACAUGGUUCACAUGAUGCAACAAACAAAUAUUUUGAAAACUCAAGGAACACACGUGACACUCUGAACACUUAUUUAGAAUUAGUGCCCCUUUGGAUGAUCAGUCACGAGACGCCUCUGACUUUUAGGUAUACACACAUAUGUGAGUGAAAAUAAACCUCAGUAUUCAGUAAAUGUCAGAAAAUAUACUGAAAAAAUGUAUUAAUGUUUUUUGGUUAUAAUCUAGUGAUCCUUAAGCUUUUUUCUGUGGUGCUAAGAAACUAACAAAAAUAGGAAUUAUGAUUUAAUGAAUUGAAAAAAUGAAAUAAUGAUAUAUUAACCAAAUGCUCUCGGCACGGUAUUAUAUGUUCAGUACUUUCGCUUUAAAUCUGCUUAUUCCUGGCUGCAGGACAUUCAGAAUACCAGUUUGUUGGCAGAAUCUGUUAAACACCACGGUGGUCAAACUAAGGGCCCUUGUGAGCACUUGGAUCUGAAUACAACCCAAAUGUGGCAACCACAUGGAUCACAGCGCCCCCUAGUGUGUGGUUCAGUUUCUUUAUUUUUAUCUUUUGAAUUGUGACUUUCAUCAUUUGCAAUGUUUCUAGUUACAUAUCUAAUGAUUUUGCAACUAUUUACUAUGUCUUGUACAAAGAAGUGGAUUUUUUUAGAAGUGAAGGUUUUUGCCAAAAUGCUUGCAUGCACUUAGAGUUUUUUUUUGGCGAAAGACAAUCUAAUUUGUUAAAUACUAAAUGACUAAAGUGACAUUUGUGAGAAUAAGGCAUUUCAGUUACUGACUAAUAACCUUUUCAUUGCCAUUAAAGUAAAAUUACUGAACCUAAACAUUAAACAUAGAUAACAAAUGCUCAUGUAUCUAGUGAUUGGAUCCAGUAAGACAUUAUAGGUUUAUAUUAGUGGAUAAGCAACAAUAUUGUGGAUUUGUUAAUAGUGCCAGAAACCGCAAUACGAAAGGAAAAAACAUGAACUGGAUAGUUAACUAAAACAUA